AUGUGGGAUGGACUAAGUCAAACUAACACUCUCAAAGUGUUAUCUUUGAGAACUAUUGGUACUAAUGAUUCCUCCAUUCUUCAAGGAAUUUGCAAUUUGAAGAAUCUCCAUGAUCUUGAUCUGAGUUGGAAUGAAUUUAAUGGGUUUAUUCCUAUGUGCUUCAGCAACUUGACAUAUCUACGAUUUCUCAAUCUCUCUUAUAAUCAUUUUAGCAGGAACAUACCUGCAGCUCUCAUUACUCCUCUCGUACACCUUGAGUAUAUCUCUCUCUCUGGAAACAUUUUUGGAGGUUCUUUUUCUUUCGGAUCUUUGGCCAACCAUUCGAGGCUUCAGGUGUUCAAAGUUGUAUCUUUGAACAAUGAUUUACAAGUCGACACUGAAGAUCUUGCUCUUCCACCACCAUUUCAGCUAAAGGUUCUCUAUUUAUCUGGUUGUAGCUUGAACAAUCGGACUCAAAGAACCCCAAGUUUUCUACUCCAUCAAAAAGAGAUAUAUGUUCUUGAUCUUUCUUCCAAUAAGUUAGUUGGGGAGAUUCCCACUUGGUUGCAGGAAAAUAACACACAAUUACAAUCUCUAAAUCUGCAGGAUAACUCUUUUAUGGGCAAUAUCCCCCAAUCACUAGGAAACUUGACAGAAAUAUGGUCAAUAGAUUUGUCUUACAACAGGCUAUCAGGGGAAGUGCCAGAAGAAAUUGCAACUGGAUGCUCCUCGCUUAUGAACCUGGUAUUGUCGUAUAACAAUCUGGAUGGCAAUUUCCCUUCUACGUUCAUGAACAUUUCAAACCUAUACAUCCUUUAUUUGGAUAGUAACUAUUUCACUGGGCGUAUAUCUUAUGCAUUAUCUCCUAGUGUAAGUGUACGUUAUUUGGACUUUUCAUAUAAUGGAUUUCAGGGCAGAAUUCCUAGUUUGAUUGGAAAUUGUUCAUCAUUGAUAUCUCUUGAUAUGCCAGCCAACUUACUAGAAGGGAGCUUACUGGAUGCUAUAUGCAAACUUUCACAACUUGAAUUUUUAGACCUCUCCAAAAAUCAGUUGAUCGGACAUUUACCAGCUUGCUCCCAACUUACAUCAUUCAAGUUCCUCCACCUGCAUCACAACAUGAUCUCAGGUUCCAUCUUAACGAUGCUGUCUGGAAGCUUCAAUUUGAGGACACUUAAUUUGAGGAAUAACAAGCUAUCUGGUGGUAUACCACGCUUUACUGAUAAACUUAAAAAGCUCAGGGUUCUUCUGCUACGGGGGAAUGAACUGCAAGGUCAUAUUCCAUUGCACUUAUGUCAGCUGCAGAAACAGACAAUUAUGGAUCUUUCUCAGAAUAAAUUUUCUGGGCCACUACCUUCAUGCUUUAGUAACAUCUCUUUUGGCAGAGGGCAAUUUGACACAGAUGCCUUUCUUACCAAUGGUGAGCUUGUUACAAAGGGAGACUCAAUGGGAUACAAUAAAUCUAAUUCCUUGGGUAUUGAGGAGUACAUGUUUGACAUUUUGUUAGAUUCACCCGUGGAAGAAGAAGUGGAUUUCACAACAAAAAGUAGAGCAGAACGCUAUGCAGGGAAUAUAUUAAAUUUCAUGUCUAGACUUGAUUUGUCGUGUAACUAA